AUGUCAGGAUCAAUCAAGGACACCUACGACAACCAAGGGUUUGUUGUUCUCGGAGGUCUUAUCCCACCAGAACGGUUUGAAGAGCUCAAGGCUGCUUGUGAUCGGGUUAUAUCCCGUACUCGCAAUGGCGAAUGGGCUCAUCGACGAACGGUUGGGAAACAAUUUCCACCGUACGGCGAUGACGAUUCGGACUCUUGGGGAGUGCAACAUGUCAUGCACCCCGACCUAGGCGAAUCCGCAUUCGCCAAGUGGUAUUGCUCGGACGCACUCGUUGAGGUGGUGACACAAUUGCUGGCUUGCGAUGCCGGUGAUCUGCAGAUGGAGCUGUUUAAUCUCUUGAUAAACCCAAUAUCACAUAGUUUUGCACUGCGAUGGCAUCGCGACGACGUGUCCGAGAAGGCUACCGAACAGGAAGAGCAGCAAGCCUUAGCUAUCUGGCACCACGGAGUUCAAUGGAAUACAGCGCUGUAUGAAGAUCGAUGCCUGUACAUCGUACCCGGUUCACACAAGCAGCCCAGGACUCCCGAGCAACGUUCUCUAUCUUCUUCUCAAGUCCCCCCGGAAAACCCUCUCGACAUGCCCGGAGCCAUUCAGCUCACUCUCCAUCCUGGGGAGACUGUAUUUUACAACUCGAAUAUCCUCCAUUGUGCGACGUACGACUCGAAGACACCCAGAGCAACCCUUCACUCCUGUAUGGGUGACUCCCGCGGGGGCUCUACACGAGCUCGCAACAUUCUGCAGCACGGGUUAGAGUGGAUGACCGGUACGAGCUUCUACGAUACUCUGGACGCGAGGGGGAAAGCCAUGUUAUCAAGGCUACUUGAUCUGCAUAAGAGCUCUGGUGGACACGUAGGAUACUCUCUCGAUGGUUAA